GUCUAAUAAAUUACAGGAAGAUGAAACAGACAAACUGAGCUCUGUGUUUAUAUGAAUGACAAUAUGUAAUGGAGAGCCCAUUAAGGAUCUUUCUCUUUUCUAUCGUGUUGAUGAGAUUAUUUGCAGCUGAGGAAGUGAAGAAGAACCUGAUUGGAAUCAUUGGUGGAAACGUCACUUUCCCAGAUCCUGUGCUGGAGGUUGGAUUUCUUUUAAAAGGAAGAAACAUUGCUUCAAUAAAUGAUGGAAAACUUCAGACUUUUGAGGAGAUUUACAUGAACAAACUUCACUGGAGCAAAAACUCUGGACUCUUUAUGAUCACAGACCUGCAGAGGAGCGACUCAGGAAUUUAUAACAUUGACUCUAAAAAAGGAAAAGUUUUCUACACUUCCUAUAAUCUCACAGUUUACGAUCAUCCUCCGACUCCUGCAGUAGAAAAUCUGACUGUGAGCUCUGAGAGCUGCUGGUUGCUCUGUUCUGUGGACAAUCCGACGUCUCUGCGUUGGUACAAAGAUGAGGAGAUACUGAACCAGAGCAGUUCUGCUGUCUCUUUACCCAUCACUAUGCACAGACAGGACAGAUACUCAUCAUAUAGAUGUGUAGCAGCCAACCCUGCAGGAAACAAGACAUUUCACGUUGAUGUGAGGACAUCCUGUGGGUUCAAUGAGACAGAAAGUUCUGAUCAUCAAAGAUAUUACGGGACUAUAAUACCAGUUGUCAUCGGUUUUCUUCUCCUUGCUGUUCUGGUCAUUUUCAUGGUUAAGUGGAAGUUUCAAGGGACAAAGGCAACCAGACCAACAAAAGGUUCACUGAGAGAGUGCCAAUAUAUGGAGGUUCAGAUGACUAAUAGAACACAUGAGGAAGAGACUUUAGCUGCAACACCAGAAAGUUGUGACCACUCCCAAACAACUGUUUAUGCAAAAUUGAAGCUUCCUGAGGUAACAUCAGAAGAACUUGGUGGUCCUUCACAAGAAACAUAAAAUCUCUGCUUUAAAAUAAAGUUGCUAUUUGUAUAAAAAAAAAAAAAAAAAAAAAGAUCCCAGUUCGUGUUAAAAGGGACACCAUACAUCCAUAAAAGACACCCAUACAAACUACAAAAAACUAAAACCACAUUUAUUUUCAUGAUUUGACUCUGACCUUCAGUUAAACACAACUGAUUAAAAUCACUGAUUAAAACCCUCCUGUGUCCCUUUAUUUCCUGCUCGAGUUUGUACUCCUUGUGCAUUAAAACAGUUCCUAUUUAAAAUUUCCCAAAGAAUUAUAAUAAAAUCAAUAAAUCUUUAAA